AUGGCCAAUUCUUUGAGAGGUGAAGUGUUGAAUCUGUACAAAAAUCUGCUGUACCUGGGAAGGGAGUAUCCCAAAGGAGCAGACUACUUUAGAAGCCGUUUGAAAGCAGCUUUUCUAAAAAAUAAAGAUGUGAAAGACCCUGAAAAAAUCAAGCAACUCAUCGCACGAGGAGAAUUUGUUAUCAAAGAGUUGGAGGCUUUGUACUUCCUCAGAAAAUACAGAGCUCUGAAACAGCGCUACUACAGCGACGACAGCCAGUAA